UUUAUCUUUACUGUGUGUAUAAAAGUUUCAAAUAAUCGUAAUUUCUUUUAAAUCAGUUUUCCAAAUUAUUUACUGCACACCGAAACUUUGAAAAAGAAAGAUGGCAGACGAUCAGGAGCAGCAAGCCCCUGUGCAGAAUGUUGAGGAACCCCUGGAUUUAAUCAGACUGAGUCUUGAUGAAAGGAUCUAUGUGAAAAUGAGGAAUGAGCGUGAGCUCAAAGGGAGACUCCAUGCCUAUGAUCAACAUCUCAACAUGAUUAUGGGGGACGUUGAGGAAACUGUUACCACAGUGGAGAUUGAUGAGGAAACAUACGAAGAAAUUUACAAGUCGACCAAAAGAAAUAUCCCGAUGUUGUUUGUCCGAGGAGACGGUGUGAUCCUGGUGUCGCCACCUAUGAGGACUGGGACGUGAACAACGGACAUUUUCAUAUUUUUCUGUAAUUUUCUUUAUUGUUAACUAUGUAUUACCCUGUGUUAAAUCAUGAUCUGCAUCAAACACAUUAAACUCAAGUUCAUUUGUAAAUCUA